AUGAAUAUAAUAUGGGCUGAUUCAAGUAGUGAAUUAAGAAAGUUAGUAGCACUGGAGUCAAAUCAGUCAGCUCACUUUAUAUCCUGAGAGCUUUGAGAUACUUCAAGAACGCUCUUUCAACGGACCCUGGGUUCUUUCUCUAUAAAAGAACCACCUCGUCUCUGUAAAAUUUCAACCAAGCAGGCUUCCCAAAACUCAAGCCAUCCAAGUCAUAAACUGAAAAUUCUACUACACAAUCAGUAAGAUAGUUUCUUAUAUAGCGUCGACAUCUUUUGAAUAUAUGCUGAUAUGCAGUAUUUAGUGAAAGUCAAGCAUUUGCUCUCUGUCAGGGCCUUCAGACAGCGUUUGAUACGCCCUCAGCCCGGUAAAAAGAGAAAACAUGUCCCGAAUGUGGAAACAAUUCUGCCUGACAUAGAUUCCCAAGUACCAAUUGAUGCUCCUACCGGCCCUACUUUCACAGUCUUCCCAAAUCUCCCUCUCGAGUUGCAACGCAAGAUAUGGGAAUUUGCAGCCACCACUCAUCCUCGAGUUAUUGAAGUUCAUUCCCGAAAUAAAGUAAAUAAGUAUAAGCGAAUGCCUUAUUUCCUGAUAGACUUGGUACUUGGUCCUAGCCACCGAUAUUAUACAACGACAUCGCCCAUUUCCACCAAUCUUUUGCAUACCUGUCGCGAAUCCCGAAACAUAGCUUUGGCAAAGCACAGUUUUCACACUUUCCUUGGCCGUCCCUUCUACUUCGAUACCCUCCGGGAUAUUCUCUGGAUGAAGACCAAUGCCAAAUUCGAUGCUGUAACAUUGCGUGUGGGAAAUAAUAUGUAUGGGCAAUUGGAUAGGCAAUAUAAAGAAAAUUGCCCUUCCGCCAUGAUCACGAAACACCAAUUCCGUUUCCUAGCCCUCAGCUACGAAUUCUGGGUGAAAUCACCGGAGGUGCGACGGAGAUAUUGUGAGCUUGAAGGUAUUUGGGAUCAUUACGCACAUGGAGUAACUACAGUGGAGAAGAUAUUCUUGGUUUAUACCGAGCAGGAUCAACGAGACGAAGCUGUAAAGGAUGCGAAAGCCAUAUAUGACCAUGGAAUAUCUGAGAUGAAGUUUUAUUCUGAAGUGGUAAUCGACUCGUCAGUACCGGACAGAGAAUACCUCAAGGGCAUCCAAUUGAGAAGGAGAUACGGGCUAGGAUUUGACGUACCUCCUGUCGAAGCAAUUUUAGAAACAGAUCUAAAGCUCAUCCAAUGA